CUUAGCCAUGUUGUUUUGAUUCCAUCCCGGCGUCACGUUAAAGGUGUCAACAACAUCAUUUUCACCUUUUUUACUCUUUUUUCAGUGUUGUGUUAGCAAAAUAUGGUAAUGACCCGAGGACGCGGGCGAGGCAUGAGAGGAGGCAUGAUGCGCCCCAUGGGCCCUGGGCCACAUUUUGGCCCCAAGAUGAAGCAGUUUGUGCCACGACUGCCCUUCGACAUGGUGCUCUGCGAAUCGGCCUUCCCCAAAGUGAAGCCAGCACCCGACGAGUCUGCAUUUACUCAGGCCCUCUUGAAAAGAAAUGCAGACUUGUCACCUACACCAGCAGAACAGGCUGCUGUACUUAACCUAGUCACAAAGAUCCAGGCUGUGAUGGAUAACCUUAUUGUAGAUCCGGGCAAUUUUGACGCAUGCGUAAGUUCCCAAAUCGAAGAGGUGCGACAGGUGGGCUCAUACAAGAAGGGUACCAUGAUGACGGGACACAAUGUGGCAGAUAUUGUGGUGAUCCUCAAGACGCUGCCCACCAAGGAGGCUGUGGAAGCUCUCGGGAAAAAGGUGUGUGAUGAUCUGCGCACGCAAGAGCCCCAGGAAGUGCUCGUCCUCACAAUGCUCCCAGAUGACCGAGGCUUCGAGAUCAGCAACAGUGAGGCCACAGUGCGUGUCCUCGUGACCACCAUCCACCAGAACCUGCGCAAACUGGACCCUGAGCUGCACCUCGACCAGAAGAUCCUCCAGUCACACCUAGCAGCGAUUAGACACAGCCGCUGGUUUGAGGAGAAUGCACACCACUCCACGAUUAAAGUACUUAUUCGAUUGCUUCGGGAUCUGCGUGGACGCUUCGAAGGGUUUGAGCCUCUGUCACCGUGGAUGCUGGACCUCCUGGCACAUUAUGCUAUUAUGAACAACCCAAGCAGACAGGCCUUGCCCAUAAAUUCUGCAUUCCGCAGAUGUUUGCAGCUAUUAGCAGCAGGACUGUUCUUACCAGGCUCUGCAGGUAUCAGUGACCCCUGUGAAGGAGGGAAUAUUCGUGUACAUACAGCUAUGACUCUGGAACAGCAAGACCUUGUAUGUCUCACCGCCCAGACUCUUCUAAGAGUACUUUCACACGGUGGCUACAAACAGAUUCUUGGACUCGAAGGCAACUCAAGUAUAGCAAGCGAAAUGUCCGUCUGGGACGGCGUUGUAGUGUCUGCAUUAGAGAAGGCCUAUGAGAAGCCCCCGGAGCGACCCCCGCAGGACGACGAUGGAGAUGACAUGGAUGCUGAUGACGAUCCCAUGGAGACGACAGACAAUUAAUUAGUGAGAGGGCGCAGUCAUAUUGUGGCUCAGACUUAGAGUUUUGUGCUACACGUGGAAAAGAAAUAGCAAGUGAAAAUAAAGGAAAAAA